AUGGAAGAAUACGCGCAGAACGUCAGUGUGGCGAAGACUCCCGUGUACGACAGCUUCGCGAACGUCAAGAAGAAAAGUUUCCAUUUCACGCCGGAAAGCGAAAGGCUCAUCGGCAAGCCGGUCAGUAGUCGUUCUCAAACUCUCCGUUUCUCUAGUACCGUUUAUCAGAAAUCUAAAAAAAAGUGAGUAUUGAAAAGCUAAAAAAUGAUAGUAUGCUGAUGUUUCAAAUCUGAAACCGAGUCUCGUCCUCAGGUAUGUCUCAUUUUCUUCGGCAAGAACAUGACGCACAAGAUCGCGUGGCAAGGCGCCGUCUCCGAGAUCCACGUGCCCUUCAACUGCAACUACCUCAAAGAUGGCGAGUUUCGAGUUCCGGAGAAGCUCAGUUCUCUGUUGCAGUUUUCUGUUUUCAAAUAACGGAAACGACAUCUUGGCUUGGUGACGCCACAGGGAACGCCUGUUGCUGCUCUUCGGACGACUGCAACGACGUCACGCCUACCUUCGAAGCCCUUGUCCGCGAACAAUUAGCCGCCGAGGUAAACUUCAACUUCGCACUUAUCAAAUGAUCAUCCAACGCGGUUCUACCUCUGUCAGAGUCUAUGGACGGAGUUUCUUGUUCUGAUCCACCCACUUCUCAUGUACCUCCUGCUCGUGACCGUCUUGUGCGUUUUCGUAGUCUUCGAAGCUUUCUGCGAAGACGUUAUUCGUAAAAAGUUUGCUAAACCGGUUUAGUUGGAUGAAAAUCAACAAAUGCUUCAAAUUUAUGGUCCAGGUUGAAUACCACGGUUAUGCACAAAUAACAAAGUUGACCUCUUCUUCCAAGGAGCAGAUGACAUAUUCAAAUGUGAGUGAGAAGACCAAGAAAUAUCGGAAAUGUUGACGAAAAUUUUCAGAAGGAUGAUCUACAGCUUGACUCGACGCAGGAAUCGCCCAUCGAAAUCGAAAAAACUCAGAUUUCUUCGCGACAUCUUCCCGUCGUAAGUCUGACUUAUUUUUUUCAGGAUUUUUACUCGAUCUUCCAUUGUUUUGCUCGUAUGAAAAAAGUGAUUCUUGCUGCAAAAGUUUUUUUUUUUUUCACAUUUCCACUAUGGAGAGAUUUUUAUUACCUAUUCCAUUUAUCAAUGAAUUCUAAACUUAGAAACGAAGAUUUCAACCCAACUAUUUGGUAUACUUCCUUUCUUCUCUUAACUUUACUCAUAAGUUGCUUCACUUCGCACAAAAACUGCGAAACUCGCCACCACGAUCUUUUUCGUGGAAAACUGCUUUUACAGGAACUUCCGGAGAAGCCGCGGCCGCGUCGCUUGCCGGAUGGUCGGGAGCAGAAAGUCUCCAUGAAUUACAAUGAUUCCACGUUCUCCGACCUCGAGUGA